AUGCGUGUGGUAUUCACUGCAGUGGCCACUAUGGCUGCUCUGCUUGCUUGCAGUGACUCGGUCCCGACGGCUGGUGAGCCGGAGGCUGUUCUCGAGCACGACGUCUCGCUGUUUGUGGCUCGUGGGACGGAUGGCGACGCCUACGGAGAAGACGCAAAGAGGCUGUUGAGGGCUACUGGAGACGAGGAAGAUGGGUUAGCACCAAUGGAGUCCGAUGAGGAGGCGCGUACGAUUGUCAACCCUGCCGCCAUUGAAAAUUUAGAUACGGUCAGGACGGUCUUAGCCUCUGGCAUGUUUGGGAAGACUACGAAGCCGGCGCGCGAUGCUGCAGUACAGGCAGCUGUUGCCGCCGUCGACGAAAUGGGAACAGUCAAAAAAAUCUUAGCUAGUGGCGUCUAUGGGAAGACGACGAAAGAGGCGAAGGAGGCUGCCCGACAGAAAACUACGAUACAAAAGGCAAGGGAUUUUAAGCGAGAACUGUUGAAGAGGACCCAGAAGGGUGCGGAUGAUGAGCUGCUCGAAUAUUUGCUGACGCUUACAGAGAAAUUCGGUGUGUUCUUGGACGAAGCUGUUGCCGGUAUGACGGGCAAAGAAGCCGCCCAUGCAUUCGAGAAGCUCCAGGACGGAACGCUCAAGAAAACCAAGGAGGUGGAUGAUGGUGGUGUCGUAGCUGGUGGGUUACUUCGUAAGAAAACCAAGGAGGCGGAUGAUGGUGGUGUCGUAGCUGGUGGGUUACUUCGUAAGAAACCGAGGAGGCGGAUGAUGGUGGUGUCGUAG